AUGGAGCCUGAGGUCUCGGAGACUGAGUUCUGGACUGAACUCCAAACGAUCGUCUCCAAGCCCUGCGACUCCGAGGACCUGAUCGACGACGCCCUCCGAGCCUACUUAAGCCUCACAACACAACACAAAGAUGAAUAUCUCCAAACAGAAACAGACAUCGCGCGUUGCUCCUACAAACUCUUCGCAUCGAGCAUCUUCGCCGCACACGCCGACUAUGUAAGACGCCAGAUCAUCUACGGCCUCCUCCAAGAAGACGACCCAACAACCCUCCAUUUCAUUGCCUCAUUCAUCCUCUUCGACGGGCGGCAGAAUGAAAUCGCGCUUCAGAUGCUGAAUGAGGAGGGCGCGUUUGCGCGCCUUCUCGAUCUUAUUCAGGCUAUGCGGAGGGCUGAUAUGGACGGUGAUGCCGGGUUGCAUCGCUUGUUGAUGGAUCUUAUCUAUGAGAUGUCCAGGAUUCAAAGGGUUAAGAUUGAGGAUUUGGUUCUUGUGGAUGACGACUUUAUUCGGUGUCUUUUUGAUAUCAUUGAGGAUCUUUCUUAUGAUGUGACUGACCCGUAUCAUUAUCCUGUUAUCCGGGUGCUUCUGGUUCUGAAUGAGCAGUUUAUGAUUUCCGCUCAUGAUCCUGUCGACGAUCGACCUUCGGGGCAUUUGACCAACAAGGUUAUUAAGAUCUUGUCUGCUUACGGUGGCUUGUAUAAGACGUUUGGGGAGAAUAUUAUUCUCCUUAUUAACCGCGAGGCCGAGACAUCUUUACAGUUACUAACGUUGAAGCUUCUGUAUUUGAUCUUCACUACUCCAAAUACCUAUGAGUACUUCUUUACCAACGAUUUGCAUGUCCUGGUUGAUAUCUUGAUCCGCAAUCUACUCGAUCUACCCGAGGAAGCAUCUGCGCUGCGACAUACGUAUCUCCGCGUUCUAUAUCCCCUUCUAGCUCACACACAGCUACGAAACCCACCGCAUUACAAGCGUGAUGAGCUCAGAAGGUUGCUCAGUAUCCUUGUCCGGGGACAAGUUUCAUAUGGAAGUGACGCAGAACAUGAGAAGAUUCUCCACUUCGAAGAGGUUGACGAAACGACACGACGACUUGUUGGUAGAUGUGCCACGGUAGAUUGGUUGCGCAGUCCUGAAACGCAAGAUACACCUACCAAGGUUACGUCGACUUCUAUUGAAACUGUUCUUGAUCAGGCUGAGCACUUCGAGUCGCCUGCAGACAUUAUUGAAACGUCGGCAGACAUUGGUGAGCCGCUGGAGGUGACUCGCACAAUCUCGCGCGCAAGUACUGUUGCCAGUGUAUCAGAUACAGCAUCGCCAACGAGAAUGGCUUCCCGCGAUUCUUCUGAAGCGCCGCGGAAACAUAGCUUAGUACAAAGGCUCGGCAUGAACCUAGAGCCUGCAUCUGCAUCUUCGCUGAGCGUUCAAGCAGUCGCAGCACAGCACGAAAAGCCAGGCAUCAUGACCCCCAGUCGAAAAGACGGAGUCCCAGCCGCCACUCUCAGUGACGAAACGCCAAUAAUCCGGCCACCAAAGAUCAAGCCCGAACCCCCAAAAUCUCGCCGCUGGCGCGGACGCCGUAUGACCGUGGAAGAGGAGCAACACCACUUGGCCGGCGCAAGCAGCGACGACUAUACUAUCCCUGAAGGCAUAGAAGUCAGCCCUACAACCACACACACACCAGGGUCCCCAAUCCCAGCGACACCCUCGUCUCUCUCACACCCCGAUCGUCGCGACUCUGCCCCAAGCUCAACCCUGGCGCCCCCAGGUACCCAGCCGCGCCGCUCAGCAUCCAACCCACCCCCAGCCCUCCCGCCGCCUCGCCGUUCAGCACACACUACACCAACCUCGAGUCAACACAGACCCCCAGCACCUGUGCCGGGAGCAGGUCGUCAUGGGCAAGCCCCUCUUCCUCCAAACCCACGACGCUGGGGCCGCGGCAAAGCACAGCACGGACAGAGUGAUUCCGUAGAGAGCGGAGUUAGCUGUGUUAGUCCAUCAAAGGAACUCGAAAACGACAACACCCCCGCACCAACACAGCAGUCCCAAUCCCAGCAACAGUCGCAAUCGCCGGAAGGAAGUACCCUCUCAGACCCAUUCUCGCCAACUUCACCCACAUUACUCGUCUCCCCAGCCGAAUCCGGUGACAAUCCCCCCGCAGGCGCUGCGCCUGUCAGCGUAGAAGAAGCGGUUCAAAAUGUUUCUCUGCAUUGA